AUGAAGACGGAGAGUGUAGUGCAAAACGUUCCAUUCACCGGCAGAAAGAAAAGCCUGAUAGAGGAUGCUCGGAAAGAGCGAGAGAGCAGCUCGUCCUCCCCCGGCCCCUCCCGCUGCGGGGACAACUUUGUGUUCCACGAGAAGAGCGGGAAGGUUACCCUGAACAUCAUCUUUGCUCUGAGCAAUGAGAAAAAUGCUGGGUUCUUCAAGGCUGGCAAAGUUUUUGAGACUUUUGAAGCGCGGCUCCUCCACCUUGAGAGCAGACCGAGCAGACGGUCGAAGAACGGCAUGGCAGAUCUGGAGUUCUUCAUGAAGUGUGAAGUUCACAGCUCCGAUAUCGACAUUUUUAUAAACUCCUUAAAAAGAGUUGCAGAUGAUGUUCGGAUGAUCUCAGAGGAAAAAGUCCCUUGGUUUCCGAGGAAGAUCAGUGAUCUGGAUAAGUGCAAUCACUUGAUCACAAAAUAUGACCCCGAUUUAGACCAAGAUCACCCGGGUUUCAUUGACGCCGAAUAUAGGAAAAGGCGAGCAUUCAUCGCUGAGUUGGCUUUUAAUUACAAACAAGAUGACCCUUUGCCAAGAGUGGAGUACACUCCAGAGGAAAUCGCUACAUGGAGGGAGGUGUACAGAACCCUUACCAGCAUCUACCCAACACAUGCAUGCCAACAGUUCCUAGAGGUUUUGCAGCAGCUGGAGAGAGAAUGCGGUUAUGGAGAAGACCGCAUUCCACAGCUUAAAGAUGUGUCUGCUUUCCUCAAAGAGAGGACAGGGUUUCAGCUGAGACCAGUAGCAGGGCUGUUGUCUGCACGUGACUUCCUGGCCAGUCUUGCAUUCCGAGUUUUCCAGUGCACACAAUACAUCCGCCAUGCCUCUGCACCCAUGCACUCCCCAGAACCAGACUGCUGUCAUGAGCUACUUGGACAUAUCCCAAUGCUGGCAAACAAGGAAUUUGCGGAGUUCUCACAGGAGAUUGGUCUUGCCUCACUAGGAGCAUCAGAUGAGGACAUAGAGAGACUGUCAACGCUUUACUGGUUCACAGUGGAGUUUGGGCUGUGCAAGCAAAAUGGAAAUGUGAAAGCAUAUGGUGCAGGUCUCCUGUCCUCCUAUGGAGAACUCCAGUACGCCCUGUCAAACGAACCUGAGUACAAACCCUUUGACCCCGCAGAGGCUGCUGCUCAGUCGUAUCAGGACCAGACAUAUCAGCCUGUAUACUUUGUGUCAGAGAGUUUUGAAGAUGCCAAAACCAAGAUGAGGCAAUACUCAGCAACUAUCAAGAGGCCCUUCUCAAUUCGAUAUGACCCAUUCACCUGCAGUGUGGAGCUGUUGGAUGAGCCUGGAAAGAUCCAGAAUGCUCUGGCCAAGAUGAGAGAGGAACUGAGGACACUGCAUAGUGCUCUUGAAAGGCUGGGCUAG